CCACAGCAACCAAGUGUUACAGUGAAUGAAAAAAACACAUAAGACACCGCCGUCUGAAGUUUCUGCUCCCGCUGUUUUUGUAACUGGUUUUUAAUUAAGAUGGAAAGCUCUUCGCCAUUGUCAAGGAGUAAACACCGCUUAAGGAUCCCACAGCCACCAAGCCUGCUGAACAGGUGUUUUGUCUUUCUUAGCAUCAUGGGAGGUGUAUACGUCUUCUACUUAAACCACACCGUGCUCCAGGGGUCUUACAUGCAUCAUCGGGCCCCGGGUCCUCAGGACAUAUCACGCCACAAGAGGUCUUUGUCGGUCAAUGACAGUUUCUACAUGCAAGCCACCCCACCCUCGGGAGACACUUGUUACCUGCGCGACAAACUCCGGUCCCUGUGGAUGCCGGACCUGCAUUCGGUCUUCUCUGAUCCGGUCUCUGGUCAGGUGGUGUUCGUGGGGUUGAAGCUCCUGAGACACUCUUGGCACGGCGACGAGUUCCGAUGCGAGUUCCCAGACGGCCAGGUUAGGCGAUCCCAUAUCCUCCGGGACGGGCGAAGCUCCGGCUAUUUCCCCCAGUACGUGGUCGUCCUGACCUGCCCAUUGCCUGAGCAGUAUCGCUGGCGCACCCGGUUUCAGAUGAACCUGCGACGGGUAACCACUAAUACCAGCUACACCAAUGUUACCGUGUGCACAUCCGGGGUAUCACCCGAGAAGCAGUACAAACUCGCCAUCUGCACGAUGGUGAAAAAUGCGGAUAGCUUCAUCCCUGAGUGGUUGAGCUUCCAUAAAUACGUGGGCGUGGAGCACGCCUUCAUCUACGACAACGAGCACCAUGAAAAUUCAAACCUCACAAGAACUUUGGCUGCAUACAUUAAAGAUGGGUUUGUUACCAUUAUUCCUUGGGCUCACAGUGUAUCGCCCUACAAGACCUACUUGGAGGUGCAAAUAGCCCAUGAGAACGAUUGCAUCUGGAGACACAAGCAUGACGUUGAUUGGAUGAUCAAGAUAGACGUGGACGAGUACAUCCAACCAAUGGAUGUCAACCGGACUCACUUCAUUACCGACUACCUGAAUGAGUCAAUGUUCGACCACGUGGGCGCCGUGCGAGUUCAAAACUGGUUUUUUGGCCGUCCGCUCAACAUCGCUCCGCGAGGAGAAUCGGUCAUUGAGCGCAACCGUUGGCGUUCGAAAGUGCCCACGCUGCAAAACACAGGACACGACAAGAACAUCCUUCGGCCAAUCAACGUGCACUACUUCAAGAUCCACAAUGUGAAACUUGGCGCUGACGUCAUAUCAGCUGACCCGCACACGGAGCUGCGAUUGGUCCACUACCGCACUGACAAUCAGAGGGCACGCAGGUUUUCUUUGCCGAAAUUCAGCGUGAGGGAUGAGUCUAUGGUGGAAUUAAGAAAUGCCGCCUUGUCAAAUGCCAGAAACGUAUCUGCUGCAGCUGAUAUUGCAAUAGAGACUUACACCCACGGGAACAAUUAUGCCUCAAACGCAAACUACUAAGAUGGCAAAGGAAUAAGUGCGAAGAACUUCUGGUAUAAGAAACACUGUCGGUGAACUCACUUUACAUUUACGGUGGCGAUGGAAAAUGCCUACAAAGACUGUGGUAAACAUUGGUUGUAAUGAACCGAGCAAGAUAUCAAAUUAACUCAUCUUAAACGUCAGUUACAUGCACACAAAGCAUCGACUCAACUUUUUAUUAGACCUAUAUUUUUAACUGAGGAUGGAUAAGGCAAGAUUCGCUCAACUUUAAAGCACGGUUAUUUAAAAUGUUAAUUGUCCCGUUAAUUAUAACAUACACUAUACCUAAACGGGGGAUGGGGAAAGAAACGGGGUGGGGGUAAACGAGGAAUGUGAAUCAGACAUAUCCACGUAAUUGCCUCAGAAUUUGUGACCUGCUCUGUAAAAAAGAGUCACAAGUUGCUGGAACCACUUUAAAGUUACGAGUCAUUUAAAGAGUCUGAUGGAAUGAGUCUGAGCCCUCAGCAUAUAUUUACCCACACUGUCCACCAGAAUACCAGAAUGAGUGAUAAAUCCAAACAAAAGCCUUACUUCCUCGUUCCCAUGCCUUUAAUGAAACGAAAUACUUGAAAAAAAUAGCCGUUUGACUCAUUUUCACAGAAUGGGUCAUUUUUACCCUAUUGUUUGUACUUAUUCAGUCUACAUCUGUUAAUGAUCUGCGUCCUCACCAGGAAAGAAGCAUGACCCUUUUGUGUCGAUUUUGUUCUUGUUACAUGCUCUGCAUGCAGCGCUGUAUAUAAGACAUACAUGUAAGAAUGUGUCAACAAUUGGACCAAGGGUUUAUCAGAUGAACACUCAAGUAGUUGACGGUAUUUGUGAAUCUGCAGUUGGCUCAACUUGUGACUAGAAAUGUCUAAAAAACUGAGAGGGCAGUGCAUUUUCAGCUAGUGUGUUGCCGAUAUCAAUAUCUAGACCCGGUCAGUGUCAGUCAGAAGGAAUGGAGCCGAGGUCAUACUUCUCAAAAACAAUUAAGCAAACCAAGCAGAAGCAAUUCCUUCCACAAAAUGUGUGGGGGAAGUUAAUCACCGGAGCAGAAUCAAGUACAAAGCUCUGAGACGGGUU